AUGCACCGCCUACCGGCUAUAAUAAUGACGCCGCCCGUUGUCACCGAAGUCAAGAUUGAGACGCCACUGCAGAUUCGGCCAGCUAAAGCGGACGUGCAGCAGUCAAGUCGCGAUCCCGCGGAUCCUGCACAGAGAAGCCGUUCUAGUCCGAUGUCCGGUGCUGUUUACUUCGGCAGACGCAUUGAGUGCCGGCGGGAGUUUCGAUCGAGACGUCCGAGUUUCAAACCAACCGAUUACUUAACCGCUGCAAGUGCAAACGUUGCAGCUGCAGUGCACGCGAGUUUGCUGCAGGAGCCUGUAAUCCGCCGGUUUGAUGGGAUGACAGAUCCGGUAACAACUACGAUUGAACCCUAUAGCGCCACUCGAUGUGGAAACGGACUAAGCGAUUCGUCCGACGUUUAUUUUGUUGCGCUUGAUAUAAGUGCCAGUCCAAAAAAAAAGGACCCUGCUCAAUCGGGUACAACCGAAUCGGAUUGCAGCCGUUCGAAAGUUUAA